AUGCCCAGCAAUGCGACGGCCACACCCUUCGAGCUCGAGCGUGGCUCGGCGAGUGAGUUCCUGUCGGUAACGACGCCCCCUCCAGCGAGCGUCUGGAAGCCUCACGAGGAAGAUGAUGCGAGCGCAAAUCGCCCCAAGCGGUGGCUGCGGCUGCUGAACGAAUACCGCGUGGCCGAGUUCGGCGCCACACUCGUAAUGUUUCUCGUUGCCAAGUCGUUCACGCUGAUGGCUGUCAACGACCGACCCAUUCCGAGGAUCGAGAUUCGACUGAACUCCACCACGACAGUAUAUGCGCGAGACCCCACAGUGGACGAGAAGAAGCUCUACGAGCAAGUGCCAAUGUGGUCAUUGAUUGUGUUUGGACUCGGCAUUCCGAUCCUUACCAACCUGUUGCUGAACUUCGUACUCCCCAAGAUCCGUGACGUCCGCGUGAUCCCGCAUGACGUCCGCGACUUCCUGUUGAGUCUGGCCCAAGGCGUAACGAUGUCCACGUUGCUUACCCAGUUUACCAAGCACGUAACGGGUCGCUUCCGCCCAAGCUUUUACGACAUGUGCGGAUGGGAUUACGACGCGGUCUGGGACGGAGUGACAAAUUUGUGCACUGAUGCUGCCGGGGAGAAGGAGGGGCGUAAGAGCUUCCCAUCCGGCCACGCCUCUUUCGCCUGGGUGACGAUGCUCCUGCUCACGCUUUACCUGUUGGGACGUUCAAGACUCAACUGUUCACGUCGCAGUGAGUCGGCUGUGCGAGGCGGAACGAAAGCGCUGAAACUGUUCCUUUGCUUCGUGCCCUGCUUAGCAGCUUCAUGGGUCGCUAUUACUCGCUCAAUUGAUAACUGGCAUCACUACAGCGACAUCUUGGCCGGCAGCAUCAUUGGCGCGAUCUCUGCUUGUCUCGCCUACAGCUACAACUACGGAUCCAUUUUCUGCUGGAAGUACGCAGGCUUGCCGUGUGAAACUAUCCACGAGAAGAUCAAGAGCGAGUCGAUGAAUAACAACCAGGAAGCACAUGGAAAGCUGAUGAACCGCAAUACUAGAGUGUCGAGCAGUCAGCGAGUGUAG